UCUUGUAAGCAGAAAUUUGCAUACUUCUCUCUGUAGAGACAAUAAUAGUCCCCCCAAUAAUAAUCCCAUCCACGUAGGUUUGUAUAAUAAUGAAGAAAAUUGGCAUCCUCAUCCUGACAGGGUUAAUUGCAAUAUUUUCUACUGUUUUACAAGAGUCGCGUCAGCAACUACCCGUCGAAAUUUGGGAGGCUGGAUUUAGAAAUUUUAUCAGUGAUGUUAUCUCCAAUUUUCCUCAAUGGAUUAAUGCAAAUGAGUUAGAUCCCACUCCUCCAGGGAGCCGGACAUAUCCAAUUAACCUCAACACCGGACCUGUAUCUCUGACAGGAUACUUUUCCAACGUCUCAGUUAUUGGUUUGUCCACCAUUUACAAUCACACGUUUGAUAACUCCGCAGCUUAUGGCACGUCGUAUGAGGGUCUACAUAUUGGAAUGUAUAUUUGGCUGCGGCAUGGUGGAAUUCAGGGUAAGUGAACGGACAAAAAUAUUACAUUUUUUCUAAAUAAAUUUGACUAAAUUGUAGAAUGAAUGUACAAUUUCGCAUAUUAAAGUUAAACUUUAACCAACCUCGUGGAAUUUGAUCUUCGUCCAAUACAUUUUAUACAACCAGCUACUUAUCUCAUCGCAAAUUUUACUCAACUUUAUAUCAAUUGUAUGUAUUAUGAUUUUAGUUUGUUUAUUAACCUAUUGGCCAAAUGUUGCGGACAUGUGUGUAAAACAAUUUGUCGGAAAAAUGGUGAAAGCUGGGCACAUAACAACGCCCUGAUGAAAGGGACAAAUAUAGUUAUUAAGCUUGAAGUGAGUAAGUAAUGUGCAGUGCGGGUGGAGCAAAGUAGCGGGAAACCCUAGCUUCAGGAUGACAUAGGUAAGGAGGCCUCCCAAUUCUGCUCCACCCGCACAGCACAUAACUUACUCGCUUCAAGUAUAGUUGUGCUUUUCUACCCAAUUUGACACAACAAUAUAUUUGAAACAUACGGAUACUACACGGUAUUAUCACAACUCUAGACAGUCGGGUAGUAAUUCUGAAAAAGCAAU